UAUAAAAUAUUUUCAAAGGUGAUCGAAGUUCGUACGAAGGCGCGUAAUUUGUUUUGAUAUAGAUUUACUUAAAAUAUGUGUAAAUAGUUUUAUAAAUUCAAGAUUUAUUAAAGAACUAGACAUGUCAUACACUAUGAUUAGGCUUUUACGUCGGACAGUAAUGUUAAAACCUCAUACGCGAUCUGAAAGUACGAUGACUAACCUCACCCAAGAAGAAUAUGUAUUUCGACCCCCUAUUGCUCAAUGGAGUAAAGUUAUUAAAGAAGCUGAGAAAAUUGUGGGAUAUCCAACAUCGUUUAUGAAUUUGAGAUGGUUGUUAAGUGAUGAAUUUGCUAAUUUGGCUAUGCAUCUACGCAAAAUUGUUGGGAGCAAUCAUCCAAUUAUGAAAACAGCUAAAACAGUCUUAUAUAAUGAACAUAAUAACUUACAACCUUGGGGUCUUAUAAUCCUACUGUUAUCAAAAUCUGUUGCUUCGAAAACAACUUCAUUUAAUGCCAAUCACAUUUCUGAACAACAAAGAAUGCUUGCUGAACUAACAGAAAUGAUAAGAACUGGGCAUUACAUUCAUAGAGGAUUGUUAAACAUACCUCCUGAAGAAAGAAAUGGGAAUAACGAUUCCCUGUUUGCAAACAAAAUUGCUAUACUCAUUGGAGAUUAUUUAUUAGUAACAGCGAAUGGUAUGCUUGCUAGGUUAAAAAAUCAAGAUUUGUCUUAUUUAAUAUCAACUGCAUUGCGAGAUUUAAGUGAAGGUGAAUUCUUUGGGCCUAGAGACGAACAAAAUAUGCCAAUACCAAGUAUACCCAACCAAAUCAAACCGGAUGACUUCAGAAUACAAUGUGAUACAUUACCAUUAGAAGUAAAGGAUGUGUUAGGGUCUCCAGUACGUGAGUGGACAUUACGAACAUUGUACAAUGGUGGUACUUUGUUUGGUCGAGGUUGUCAAGGGGCCAUGUUUCUAGCGAAACAAAGCAUUGAAGAAGAGCAAAGGGCAUUUUUGUUUGGUUGCCAUUUAUGCUUAGCAUGGCAAGCUGCAAGUGAUCUACAAAAAUUUUUGGACACCAAAGACGUGUUUUCUUUAGUUAGUGCACCCGUGUUGUUUGGUCUCUCUCAUUCCCCACAUUUACAUAUGCAAGUAAGUAAUAUAAAAAAUAUAAAUGAAGUGAAUUAUCACAAAUUAAAAGAAGAUAUAUUAAAUACAAAUGCUGUAGAACGCACAAAGUUAUUAUAUUCAGAACAUGCAGAUAAGGCAAAGCGUUAUGUUGAGUUUUUUGGUGACAAUGAAUCGGUAAGAACUAUCAAGAGUAUGAUAAAAAGUUCAUAGCAAAUAGAAGGUCUUAGCUGUAAUUAAUGGGAAAUUUUAAAGUAUGUUAUCAUUUUAAAGUAUUUUUAUCACAUAAGUACAAAAACUAUUUGUAUAUAUAUCCUAAUUGAU